AUGGACGUUCCUCUUCGAAACAACUUUCGCCCCGUGGGGAAAGGGAGGAUCGGCGUAGAGAGGACCGGUCCAGUCAUCACCGUGCCCAUUAUCGCGACCGAGACGUACGGGACAGGCGAGGCCACGACUCUCCUCCCAAAAGACAUCGUGAGUCUCCUUCCAGACGACAUCGUGAAUCCCCUCCCAGACGACAUCGCGAAUCUCCUUCCAGCCGACAUCGUGGAUCUCCCUCCAGACGACGUUCGAGGAGCCGGGACAUCUCUAGGUCGCGACGGGAAGACGCUCAUAGACGCCGACGAUCACCAGACAGUAGACGUCGAGACGAGUCGUCCAGAUCCCGCGAACGCGCUGCCUCCGAUCGCGAUAUUGGGCAGCGAG